AUGGAUACAUACUUUUUAGACGACGAUCAUUUUGCAAUUUCGGGAAUUACAAUAUUAACAAUCCAGUUAAUAUUCUUCUUAAUUGCGGCAAUUUUUCAACUGGAUAAACUGACAGAUUUUGCAGGCGGAAUUAAUUUUAUUAUAGUAGCUCUUCUCACAUUCUUUUUAGGUCAAAUAAAUCGUAAGAGUAAGCACUAUGAUUCGAGGCAGCUGAUGGUGACGGUUUUUGUGUGCUUAUGGGGAGCAAGAUUAUCAGCAUAUUUAUUGUAUCGUAUUAUUAAGAUUGGUAGAGAUAAACAAUUUGAGGAUAAUAAGCGUAAUGUCAUACGAUUCGCAAUAUUCUGGACAUUUCAGGCUGUUUGGGUUUUUAUCGUUUCAUUGCCCGUCAUAAUUGUCAAUUCACCACGUCACUCACAACCGAAUGCACCAAGAACGAUGACUCCUCUAGACUCGACUGGCAGUGGGAUGUUUAUUGUUGGCUUGUUAACAGAAACUUACAGCGACUUGCAAAAGUUUUCCUUUCGUCAGGAUCCUGCUAAUCAAGGAAAAUUUUGCAAUGAUGGUUUGUGGAAAAUAAGCCGUCAUCCGAACUAUUUUGGUGAAAUAAUUUUGUGGUGGGGGGUGUUCGUUAUCUCGCUAAAUGUUAUUAAAGGUAUUGAAUGGAUCGCAAUUUUAUCACCAAUAUUUACGACUUUAAUUAUUCUGUUCCUGUCUGGUAUUCCUGUUCGUGAACGUGUUUCUGAUGAGAAAUAUAAAGAAAGCUUAGAGUAUCGACGAUACAAAUUCAGUACAUCUCCAUUAAUACCCAUACCGACAUCAAUUUAUAUGGAAGUGCCGAGGGCAUUAAAAUUUAUUAUUUGCUGCGAAUUUCCUCUUUAUGAUUCAUAUAAAAUUACAAAAACGGAUUCAUCAUAUGGUGCAGGCACUAUGUCGAUGACUCACUCUUACUCAUAUCAGCAUCACACAUAGCAAAAGACUGGUGGUAAUGUUUAUGGUGUAACUCCAACUGGAGCAGGCGGAAUUAGUGGUAAUACUAAUAAAAAAUCUUCUUCGUCAACGGCAGUAGCGUCAACAUCUUCUUCCACGCAUCAUCAUCAUCAUCAUCACGACAGCCAUCAGCAAAAAAACAGCGGCAUUGCAUUAUCAUCCUUACGUCAACCAUCUACGUCACAAUAUCGUGAUAUGUUCGAGGAAAUUCAUGUGGACAAUUCGCAUCAUGCUCAAAUAACUACAAUUUUGUGAUCAAAUUUAACGAUAAUAAUGCGCAAGUAUUAUAAUAAAAUAAAGAUUUAAUUAAUUAAAACUCUAAAUUAAGAAAAGAUUAUUUUAAUAGGAAAUGAAUAAUCAUGUUGUUUAUAAUAUAAAGUUGAAUGUUUUUUUAUGAAGAAUUAAAUUAAAUUAAAUUAAAAUUAAAUUAAUUGUGGAAGAAGAAAUUUUCA